CUUUUAAAGCAGCAGCACUUGAACCUUAUGAUGUUUUCCCCUCACGUUGACAAUCACUAAACAGUGGACGCACCCAGUUCCCUCUGACCUACAUAGCUGCGAGUGUGGUUCUUUGACCGGGUCACCCGACAGCCCCGUAUCAGCCGAGGGGGGACCGGUGCGUAAACAGUCCCGGCGCGGCGAGCGCCUGCUCCUGCCUCCACACAGACCCGACACGGCGGCCAAGUAACAUGUCCCGAUCCGUCGCUCGCCUCUUCGUCGCUGCGGCCAGAUCCUCGGCGCUGCCGAGCAGGAUCCCGCUGUCCAUCCGUCCUGUAUCCACGCGCCCAGGUCUGCGCUCCCUCACCCGUUACGACGAGACCACAGACUGGCAAAAGAAACUCACGCCGGAACAGUUUGUAGUCACCAGAGAGAAGGGGACCGAGGUGCCCUUUAGUGGGAUCUACCUUAACCAUUAUGAAGUGGGGAUGUACCACUGUGUCUGCUGUGACUCUCCGCUCUUCAGUUCAGAGGCAAAGUAUGACUCUGGGACAGGCUGGCCGGCAUUCAAAGAGGCUCAUGGCACAUGGGAGCGGGAUGAAAGCCAUGCCUCCAUCUUACGUCGCCCUGACAACAGCCUGGGCAGUGCGGGAACAGAAGUCCUUUGUAAAAAUUGUGAUGCCCACCUGGGACAUGUGUUUGAUGAUGGACCAGACCCGACAGGUCAGCGGUUCUGCAUCAACAGCGUGGCCCUCGCGUUUCAACCCAGAGUUAAAAACACAUCUGAGGGAAACUGAUGAGCUGCACGGACAACAUGGCCUAAACCGCUGAAAACACACUUACUGUAUAUUUUUCCUUGUGCGGUAGGGUAAGUCGUGUUAAGGAGGCAAGAUCAAGGUCCAGACACCGAGAAAUCAUUUCACCUCCUGACCAACACAGGCUAGGAGGUGAAAGUUCAAAGCUUAGCCUUUGGUGUAAAUUAACUUCCUAGGUUUUUUUUUUGAGCUGAAAGGAACUCUUGCACUAGAGAGAAGACUACAAAUGUGCCAAUCAUAUAUUUGAUUACAUGAUUCACAUAUAAAGUGAAACAGUCACGUCAAUCGAUAAUGAAAAACAUACUUGCCACCUAUUGUGUUUAUUUUUUUUAUUGUUUUGUAAUUUGUGUGCAAAUGAUCAACUGGACAUAUUUGUGUUGUCAAAAAUGUAUUGUCUUAUUUGACUUAAUGUCUGAAAAUGGUUAGACUUAAUACACUGACUUAAAAAGUCUUCUUUUUCUGAAGGGAUUGCAAAACAUGGGAUAUAAUAAACAUUACGGUAUUGCUGCUUCUUUGCAUUUUUCAGUUUGGAGCCACAUGUACAAAUCGAAAAGUUUUCUCUUUCUUUAGUAAUUAUUCAGACCUGACAGAUCUUUUGCUAAUAAAUGCAUAUUUUGUUCUCUGAA